AUGACUGCUUUCAAUCCCCUUUCUGCUAUUCUUUCUCAAAACAAACUUGAGGGUCCGAAUUAUGUUGAUUGGAAACGAAACUUGGACAUUGUCCUAAUUGCUGAAGAGUACAAAUUUUUGCUCGAUGAGGUGUGUCCAGAGAAACCUGGAGAUGAUGCUACGGAUGAUGAACAAAAGGCUUACCACAAAUGGGUAAAGGCUGAUGAGAUGGCGUGGUGUUACAUUCUGGCAUCCAUGUCAAAUAUUCUGCAACAUCAGCAUCAGUCAAUGGAGUCUACUUAUGACAUUCUGGAAAAUCUCAAAGAAAUAUUUGGAGAUCAGAAUCGUGCGGCUAAGCAGACUGCCAUGAAAGCUCUUCUGAAUACCAAAAUGGUUGAAGGUUCAUCGGUUAGGGACCAUGUUCUGAAGAUGAUGAGUCUUCUGAAUGAAUUUGAGGUCCUAGGAGCUAACAUUGAUAAGGAUACGCAGGUUGAAAUGAUCCUCCAGACUCUACCUGACAGUUUUCAGCAGUUUCGCCUGAAUUAUAAUAUGAACACAAUGGAUUUGUCACUUGCGAAAUUGCUGAAUGAGCUGCAGUCAGCAGAGACUAUUAUCGAGUCACAAGCUCUUCCUGUGGCAUUGAAUUUUGAGGCAGGUGCUUCUUCUAAGCCAAGAGGCGGGCAGAAGAAGAAAAAGGCUCAAAAACCCUCUGUGGUGGUGCAACUGCUGGGGUUUCAGGUAAUGCUGCGGCUAAGUAGAGGAGAAAUCAAUGUUUAUCAAGCAGAUGAAUUGUGGACUGGGCGCAAGCCUAGUCUGCGGCAUAUUCGAGUUUGGGGUUGUCCGGCACAUGUGCUGAAAGGGAAAACAUAUAAAUUGGAGGCAAGAACGGAUGUAUGCGUGUUUGUAGGUUAUCCAAAAGGGACGAAAGGUGGUUUAUUCAAUUGUCCUAAAGAGAAGAAGGUAAUUGUUAGCACAAAUGCUAAGUUUCUUGAAGAGGACUAUUUGAUGAACCAUGUUCCUAGAAGUAAACUCGUUUUACAAGAACUAAGCAAAGGAAUGGGAACUCAGUCAUCUGAAAAACAAAACGACCAGAUGCAAAACCCGAAAGUCGNUGGGGAGUGA